AUGGCCGACGUCGAGAAGCAAUCCGGUCGCUCAAACAGCUUCCGCCGCAUGCUGGAGCUCGAGAGGGCAUACAUGGUAUGGAAGCUCCCGUUGCUGUCCAACUUUGCUCCUCUGUGGCUGCUCUGUAUUGAGCGACUCCAAGCCAGCAGACCCCCCCGUCAAUCUACAUCAGCUGCCCACAAGCCUGAGGGCGCCAGCCUCCAGACGCGCCGCGCCAAGACUCGCUCUCCAGAGACGGCCGACGCCCUCCGUCGCGCCUCGUCUCCCAUCAAGCGAAGCUCGCCUCUUGUCGUCGACACCGACUCUGGUCCCCGCCACCAGAGGGCAUCCGCGCCCGUCAACCUCGCCGAAAAGAUGACCCCCCGGGUCGUCACCCGUCCCGUUUCCCCCAAGACCAAGGAUGUCGAUGAGCAGUCCAUCUGCGUGUCGCCCAGCUGGGAAGCCCACGGCCGCCGCCGCAAGGAGAAGAAGAUGGAGAAGCGCGAGAAGGAAGAGGCCGCAAAGACGGCUCAGGCAAAGGCCAAGAAGACCCGGCUUAGCAAGCAGCCCCCGCCAGCCAGCUCGACAGAUCCCCUGAGGAGGGCAGAGGGCGCCGUGCCGGAGCCUCGUGGCCGCCGUGUCGACGCUGGCAUCAAGAGUCCCGACAAGGAACGUGCGCCGCGCAAGUCCCGAAGCCGCUCGAGCUCCUUUGCCUCCCUCAUCAGGUCGCCCUUGGGCUUCCGUCGGCAGUCUGUCGACCCACCCGUCGAGCCCGAGUUUGUCGGCGGCAUCAAGCUUGAGCUGCAGAGGCACCUCGCCAACGACAGGGUCCUCGAUCAGCAGGCAAAGGGAGAUGAGUCCGCCACUCACCCUGCACUCCGCCAUGACAAGGCCAACAAUUCCAUGACCGAGCCCCUCCGGUCGCCGCCCCCGCCGAAUCGUCCUUCGGGCGAGCCCAAGGGUUCUGUCACGCGAUCUUACCCGCCAAUCACCCGACAUGAGAAACACACGAGGAAACGGCCGCUAGUCUCGCCGACGGCACCCGCCGUGCCUGAUCUUAGCAAGAUUGGCCGGUGGCGCGCUCGUGUUGGUCUGAAGCCGUCAACUCAGCCGAUCAGUCCGACGUCUGCGGCGCCAGAAACACAGUCCAGCGAGGUCGAGGAUGCGGGGGAGCCUGAGAGACACCAGAAUCACCAGCCUCGGACAAACGAGACGGUGGCGGAGUCUCAGGUCAACGAGGAAGCCGUCGAGAAGCCAGCACCGGGUGCGGAUAGGUGGACCGCCGAAGAGCGUUCCAUGGAGCAGGCUCACCACAUUGCUUUUGCGGGCAUCUCGCCCGCCCACGAUGAUUUCAGCGAGGCUACAGACGGUCAAGAAUACGAGUACAUCCGCCCCAACUCUCGAGGCAACGCUUCAACCGGAUAUCGAACCGCUCCGUCCACACCGCCCGACCCGCCUCGUCGCAGCCCUCGUCGCAGCUCGCUGCUGCACGCGGACGAUGCCGUGCCUGUCCCCCCGCUUCCCGCCGAGGCUGCCGAACCGCUCCGCGCCUCUUCCAAAGCGGAAGCGUCGGCGCCAGGGCAGUCGGCUCGUAACAUGGAGGCUAGGAAAUCGACGAUGCCCCCAGAUGGUAUCGCUCCUCAAGCUGCCGAUAAACUUGACGCGUCCCGCGAGGCGGUCCGGCGCUCUCUGUCCCCGAUGCUGCGGUUGGCCGAGGCCAAGGCACUGAAGUCGCCCACUUGGACGACUCGCACAAAGAGCCUACCCGUCAGCUCCCCGGACGAGUCGUGCUCGGACGAGUUCCACUCGCCUUCUCCACCGAGCACGCCGGCCACAUCGCGAUCCGUGUCUGACAAAGGGUUGCCCACACCGGGCCACGGCGCCAAGGGCUUCUCGUUUGACUCGACGGCGACCAAGGUGUCCCACGAUGACGCUCGUCCUGCCGCGCGGAUCAGUGAAACGGUGGAUGGCAAGGGAAACCACGAGUUCAAAGACCAGGUUCUUGCGUCCUACCACGAGGCUACGGCGCCAAGUCCAAGCAUUGAACGCCGCGGCGACCAUGAAAUGGGGGGGCUCGUGGCACACCGCACUUUUAUCCCGGUGCCGAACCAUCAGUCCAUGGUUACCAAGGACAAGGGCGCGUCGCGUUUUCCGCGCCUAUCGAUGGUGCCUGGGAACCAGUCCUGGAGAGCACCGCAACUAAGGGCCAUAUCGCCACGACCCGAGGCGGCCAACUACCUCGAGGAGGCGCGCCGACUGCCCCCCGCCCCCUCGGCUCGGGGCCUGAAGACGCGACUGGGUCCUCCUGCGUCGUUUGCGCUGCCUGGGGACCUGCCAUCUCCUGCUACUACACGCUCGGAAGGAUCGCGACCGUCGGAUGCCAGCCAACACGCGCAGUAUACAACGACACCGGGCCUAACCUCCCGGGACCGCGACCCGAUAGCCAAGAUGUUUGUCGAGUGCUGUCGCUGCAAGUUCUACCAUGACAUGCCGAGCAACCUGUACGAGGCCAUGGCGAGUCCCGAGUCGGCGCUGAGCGGCCGGGACACGAUGGGGUACGCGGGGGCCAUCUCGAUGACGGUCAAGUGCCCGUGGUGCAAACACGAGAUGAGCACCAGAUGCUGCGCGGGCUUGGCGGCCAUGGUAUACGUGACGGAACGACUACACUGA